AGCAACUCUCGUUUCUCGUCUCGUCUCUAUACGCCUCGUCUCGAUCACGAUCUCGCCUUGAUCUCGUCAACUAUUUAUACUACAACUCGAUAAAGUGUGCUCGGGAUUUACACAACGAUCUUCACUAUGGCCGUCAACUACAAGAGCUGCCCGCUUAAGAAGCGUCCCAUUGUCUUUGUGGAGGAGCUGCCGCAAACGGAGGCCUUGGCUUUGACCAAGAGCUCACAGUUUGCGCCAGUCCAUCAGUCGCAGGAUCAGCAGCAGGAGCAACCACAGGAUCUUUCGCUGAAACGCAAAGCCAGCGCGCUAGACUUUGAGGAAUAUGAGCUGCCGACAAAGCGUGAAUAUGUCUUGAAUCUGUCCAAGACUCCAAUGACACCGAUGACACCAAUAGCACCACGCCGUGUCAGCUCUCCGCUCAGCUCGGCGCUGCUCUCGCCGCCCGCAGAGGAGCAGGAUUAUCAGCCAACUGAUAUACACAUGCGUGGAUUGACAGCUGCCACAGCCGGUUACACAACGAAUCCCUAUCAAUCGGCAUUUGUGAUGGCCGCCGGUUGCAAUCCCAUCUCCGCCUUGUGGAGCAGCUAUCAGCCACAUUUGAAUACGGCCGCAUUUCCAUCACCGGCCAGUUCAAUGGCCUCACCGCAUUCAGUGUACAGCUACCAACAGAUGACGCCACCAUCGAGUCCCGGCUCGGAUGUCAGCUCCGAGCCCGAGGAUCUCUCCGUGCGCAAUGAUAUUCCGCUGCCGGCGCUGUUCCACCUCUUCGAUGAGGCACGCAGCAGCAGCUUGGCCUCCUCCUCCUCCUCCGCCUCCACGUACUCCUAUGCCGCCUCCAACAGCUCCAGCUCCAACUGCAGCAGCAGCAACUCCUCCUUAACGGCAGCCAAGAACUAUCGCUACAAGUGCGACAACUGCCAGAAGAUGUACUCCACAUCGAUGGGUCUGUCGAAGCAUCGUCAGUUCCACUGUCCGGCCGCCGAGUGCAACCAGGAGAAGAAGCAGCACUCGUGUGAGGAAUGUGGCAAGCUCUACAACACAAUUGGGGCACUCAAGAUGCACAUUCGCACACACACACUGCCCUGCAGAUGCCCCAUCUGUGGCAAGGCCUUCUCCCGUCCCUGGUUGCUCCAGGGACACAUUCGCACCCACACCGGAGAGAAGCCCUUCAAGUGCCCGGACUGUCCACGCUCCUUUGCCGAUCGCUCCAAUCUGCGGGCCCAUCAACAGACCCAUGUGGAUGUGAAGAAGUACGAGUGCAAGGAGUGCCACAAGUCCUUCUCCCGCAUGUCCCUGCUCAACAAGCACAGCUCCAAUUGUACCAUCACAAUUGUCUAGACUGGCAUUGCUCAACACUGGCUGAAGCCCAAAGCAGACACAUUCCGCUGGCAAGGAUCUAUAAUACAUACAAUAAUAUAGUUAACUUGCAUUUAAGCUAUAUAUACUUAUAUACUCGGUUUUGGUGCUAUAUAUCAUAGAAAAUACUCUACUAUUUAUUUCAUUCAUAACUCUAAGUAUUCUGUACAUUUAUCCCGCAUUUAUCAGACAGCAGUUGACCAAAUUAUAAGUUUAGCUCUUAGUUUUUAUUUAACUACA